UUUAUGUCUCUACUUUACACUAGUAUUUAUAAUUUAUACUUUGUAUGUUAGUUUAUUUGUAUAUGUCUCUAUACCAUUGUAAUUUGGUUGAUGAGAAUACUGAUAUACAUUAUGAUGACACAGACAUACUUUGUUGUAGUUAAGCAUGAAGUUUGAUGAUAUUUUAAAACAUAUCGGUGAGUUUGGAUACUACCAGAAACGUCUCUACUUGUUGCUAUGUUUGCCAGCUAUCAGUACGGGAUGCUAUAUGAUGAUGUUGGUCUUUGUUAUGCAUGCUCCUGAUCACAGAUGUCAGAUACCUGGUUUGAACAAUGAUACUUACCAAAUACAGAACGGCCAGCAUGCCAGUAUGAUUAACAAAACAAUUCCACCAUCCAAUGAUGAGAAACGCAAGUAUGGUCGAUGUCAUUACUACAGAAAUAACACCAGAGACAUGGUCAAAUGUUCUAAAUGGGUCUAUGAUACCAACACUUUCCACGAAACUUUCACUUCAAAGAUGAACUUUGUUUGCGAUGAUGCAAUUAAAACCUCACAUGCUCAAAUGAUAUUUUAUGGAGGAGUUCUUUUUGGUGAUGUCUCGCUUGGUAUAUUGUCAGAUAAAAUUGGCAGGAAAAAAACAUUUUUGUUAUCAACCAUUAUAACAUUAGUAAUGGCUGUUGGCGUUGCUUUCUCAUCGAGCUUUUUAGUAUUUGUAAUACUUGAGUUCAUGAUUGGUGCUGCACAUCACGGUGGAUUUAUGAUCUGUUGUGUCAUGAGUUUGGAAUAUGUUGGACCGUCUAAGAGAGUCCUCACUGGCAUUCCUAUACAUAUCUUCUUUGCGUUUGGUAUAAUGUAUAUAGCAUUAAUGGGUUAUCUUCUGCGUAAUUGGUUUUAUGUACAGCUGGCAGUAGGUGUUCCAUUUGGAGUUUUCUUAUUUUAUUGGUGGAUGAUACCAGAAUCUUCCAGAUGGUUACUAAGCCAGGGAAAAUAUGAUGAUGCUGAAAAAAUUAUACAACAAAUAGCAAAAGUAAACAUGAAAACGAUCCCAUCUAGAAUGGUAGAUGAAAAAACACUGGACACUCCAAAGACGGCGAACGUGUAUCACUUGUUUUCUACCUUAGAAAUGACUAAACGGACGAUCAUACUUCUAUGGAACUGGAUAGUGAUUGCUAUGGUAUAUUAUGGAGUAACCAUGCAUACUGGAGGCAAUAUUGGUGGAAAUUUCUUUGUGAAUUUUUUCAUACUUGCUAUCGUAGAAGUUCCUGCUAAUUUGCUUGUAAUUGCAACAUUAAACCGAGCAGGAAGAAAAAAGAUCCAUUGUUUCUGUAUGAUUGUUGGAGGCAUAGCUUGUCUGUGCACCAUAUUUUCUGUUCUGUUUGGAGGGAGAGAAUUGCAACCAUUAACUCUAACUUUAGCCAUCAUUGGGAAAAUGGGUUCAGCUGCAGCUUUCGGAACUAUUUAUGUCUAUUCUAUGGAACUGUAUCCUACUGUGGUCCGAACUAGUGGAAUGGGUUUAAGUUCAUCUAUUGCAAGAAUUGGUGGAAUGGUUGCUCCUUAUUUAGCUCAAUCAGCUGAUGUUGUUGGAGGUAAAUUUGGACAAGCUUUACCAUUAGUUAUAUUUGGUGGUUGUUCCGUUUCUGCGGGACUACUUUGCCUUUUCCUUCCAGAGACUUUAAAUAGGAAAUUACCAGAAACAGUAAGAGAAGCCAAAGAUUUUACAAAAAAAUUAGACCUCGACGAUAUCAACAAAGAAAAACCCACACAAAAAGAAUACCUCUCCAAUACUGAAAAAGAAAAAGCAAAAAUGAAAGAAAUAUACACUGUUUCAUCUUGAAAAUUGAAAAAAAUAUUUUAAGAUCUGAAGGCAUAUAAAAGAAAAAAUGUACAUUUUUCUUAUAUACAUGUACAUGGUUAUAUAAAUAUUAUCAACACUUUUUAAUAUUUUAAUAAAAUGAAAGAUUG